GGCACCUACGCCGCCGAGUCUGUAACGUGUGUCGUGUAUGCAGCAGCAGCUGCUGACAGCGAAUAGCGAUUACUGCGACUGCGAUAGUGUGGUAGUGCGACAGAAUACAGUAUAGUAUUCUACCAUAUUAUCACUUAAUCUCGAACCGAACCAAAAUAUAAUACAUGAUCAUAUCUUUGUUAGUCAUUUUCCUUGCUCUUCUCAGAUUAUUUGUAUUGUUUUUAUUUAUACCGUAUAUAUGUUGAAUAUUAUUUAAAUUUUAAAUAAUAUUCACAACCUCAUGCACGUCGUAUCGUAUCCUCUGCUAUUUUAUAAAUUAACUCAUUAUUGCCAGUUUUGAUUAAAUAGUGUAAUGAGUUAUAACGACCAUACAUUCAACACUAUGCAAAGUAACAGCAGCAACAAACGUCUAACACGACGACCUAUGGAAACACCUGGUUUAGAUGUGAACAGUAUACCUCCACAACAAGUGCAGUACAACUAUGCCCAACCAACAAUGUACUCACCACCACAAGAACCUCAAACGAUACCGUCUCAACAACAAUUCUAUUAUAACGACUUUACAUCAAUUCCAUCGCAACCACAACAUGGGUAUGGAAAUAGUGAUUUUGGAUACAUGGGAUCGGCGCCAACAGAUAACAUAAAUCACCGGCAACAUUAUACGCCAAGCCCUGGUCCAAACCCUCAACAAACUCAGCCAAUGAUGUUUAACCCUGCAAAUAAUUUAGUUGAUGCAUUUGGAAGUAAUCCUCUCUUAGCAGGAGCUACUGUGCGAUAUGGACAGAAAAUUUUAGGACAAGUUGUUGAUGAAAAUGUUGGCAAAUAUACAAGCGGAAUAAGUUCAGAAAUAAAACGUUAUUUUGCCGUGGACACACGUUAUGUGAUUACCAAACUUGGUUUAUUAUUAUUUCCAUUUGCUCAUACAGAUUGGUCAAUUAUGUUGGAAUCAACAGGACAAACUGAUGAUCGUCGACGAGCAAGACCAAAAACAGAUGUCAAUGCACCAGAUUUGUAUAUUCCUACUGUUGCUUUUGUAACAUAUUUACUGUUUUUGGGUCUUAUACUUGGUAAACACGGACAAUUUAGCCCAGAACUUUUAAGUGUACAGGCUUCUCGUGUUCUCGCUUGGGAAGUAAUAGUGGUCUUAGUAGAAAUAUUGGCACUAUAUGUUACAAAUAUACAAAGUUCACUACGUGCUCUUGACCUAACAGCUUAUUCAGGAUACAAAUAUUUUGGAAUUAUAAGCUGUAUUCCAAUUGGAUUACUUUUAGGCGAAACUGCAUUUUAUCUUGCCUUACUAUAUAUUGGAAUUGCAUUUAUAUACUUUUUGUUAUUUUCAAUGAGAUGGCAGUUGAAUUCAAUUGCGACAGUUGCUAAUGUUGGACAACCAGUAGUAAUGGUUGAGUAUAAGCGUAAAAGAACAUUAUACUUUCUAAUUUUAGCCGUGGCCAUUCAACCAAUAACUGCAUGGUACCUAAUAUCAUAUUUAACAUUUACUAUGAAAUGAACAUAAUUGGAAAACUUUUAAAGGAAAUAAUUUUAUCCAUGAAGCAAUUCAAUUUAUGUUAUUAAAAACUGUAUAAAUAAUAUACAUAUUUUUGUUUUAUA